AUGGCCGACAAAGAGACAUCCAUCCACAAGACCGUGGCCGAUAAAGUGAGCGGGAUGACGAGCAUCUUCAAUCAGACCUUGGGCAAGACCGAGGAGCCCACAGUGGAGGAGAGGCAGAAGUCGUUGAACGAAUGCUGUGCAUCCACGGCGGGAGGGUAUGCAAAUGAGAAGGACGAGGGAGACAUCAAGGCCAGCCAGUCUGGCAAGAAGUGA